UAUUUAUUUUUAUUUGUUGCUACAGGAGAUAUGGAACAAAGUGUAGUGGAUGUCUUCAAGGCAUAAGCCCCCAAGACCUUGUGAGAAAGGCAAGAGAUAAAGUUUUUCAUCUAAACUGCUUCACCUGCCUUGUUUGUCGAAGGCAGCUGAGCACUGGCGAGGAGCUCUAUGUCCUGGACGACAACAAGUUUGUCUGCAAGCAAGACUACUUGUCGGGAAAGCCCCUGCCGGACGCCCGUCACGCUCAUAGUCAUCAUGAAUCGCCGAUUUUGCCCGCAGGUGGUGACUCCCUGAUGGGUUCAGGCUCGGAAGACGAGGACGAAGAUGGAAGUAAUCACCUCCAUCAUCACGAAGGAUUGGGUGGGUCACAUCUUGGACCACAUAGUUUAGGUCCGGGUAGUACGGGUGAACAGAGUGUCGGGCAUGUCAGUGACCUACCUCUUGGGAGUGAUUCCUGCAAGCAAGAAGACUCUGAGGAUCUGGGUUCCCUAGAUGGUGAUCCUGAAACUAGAGAUAGUCAAACAGAAAACAAAAGUCCUGACGGCGGUGCUGGUGGAGGCAGCGGCGAUGGUGGUGCGGGAUCGAAGCGACGGGGGCCAAGAACUACAAUAAAAGCUAAACAAUUAGAAAUAUUGAAAACGGCGUUUUCUGCAACGCCAAAACCGACCCGGCAUAUAAGGGAACAACUUGCGAAAGAAACUAGUUUACCUAUGCGAGUGAUACAGGUAUGGUUUCAAAACAAAAGGAGUAAAGAACGGAGGUUGAAACAACUUACGACAAUGGGAAGGAGUCCGUUUUUCAAUGGUUCUAGAAAAAUGCGCGGAUUCCCAUUGAACCUGAACCAUGGAGCUCUGGGAGGAGACGAUGGUCCACCUCCAGGAUUCUCUUAUUUUCCAACUGAUAAAUUUGACUUUGGAUAUGGGGGUCCUGUUCCGUUUCAUCAUGAGUUCUUUGGAGCACAUGGGCCUCCACAUCCGCAUGGACCGCCGUUUGCUGGUCCAGGUAAUCCCAUUCCCAACCUGUUUGUGACAGGUCUCGACCCUGCCAGUAUAGGGGGGAUGGCGGCAGCGGCUGUUACGGGGGAGUAUCCACCACCAGGCGCCGCGGGAGGCCCCCCGGAAUUUCUCACGGGACCUCCGGGCCAAGGACCUCAACCACCGUCGGGCGGCAGUCCCGGAGAGUUCCUAGCACCUACAGGUGGCGGGCAAGGUAAUCCUGGUGGAGGUGGUAAUUGUGGCGGUCCCGGUGGUGGAGGAGGCGGUGGCGGUGGCUUUCCUGAACAGCAGCACCAGAUGCAAAGCGAGGGCCUCGUCUGGUAG